AUGGCCGGACGGCCGUGGGGCGCGCCGGGCGGGACCUUGAAGGGGAACAGCAGUGCGUUGCUCAACGCCUCUCAGCAGGCGCCGGGCGGCGGGAGUGGGGACGCGCGGCCGCGACCCUCGUGGCUGGCCUCCACGCUCGCCUUCAUCCUCAUCUUCACCAUCGUGGUGGACGUCGUGGGCAACCUCCUGGUCAUCCUGUCCGUGUAUCGGAACAAGAAGCUGAGGAACGCAGGAAAUAUAUUUGUGGUGAGCCUAGCAGUUGCAGACCUGGUGGUAGCUGUUUACCCCUACCCCUUAGUGCUGACAUCUAUAUUUAACAAUGGAUGGAACCUGGGAUAUCUGCACUGCAAAAUUAGUGGUUUCCUAAUGGGCUUGAGUGUCAUUGGUUCAAUAUUCAAUAUCACUGGAAUUGCCAUUAACCGCUACUGCUACAUCUGCCACAGUCUCAAGUAUGACAAGCUGUGUAGUAACAAGAAUUCCCUUUGCUGCGUGUUCCUGAUAUGGAUGUUGACACUUGUUGCAAUCAUGCCCAACUUGCGUAUCGGAACUCUGCAGUAUGACCCACGGAUCUAUUCCUGUACAUUUGUACAGUCUGUCAGUUCCGCAUACACGACAGCAGUUGUGGUUUUCCAUUUCAUAGUUCCCAUGAUCAUAGUCAUCUUCUGUUACCUAAGAAUAUGGAUCCUGGUUCUUCAGGUCAGAUGGAGGGUGAAACCUGACAAGAAAUCCAAACUGAAACCACAGGAUUUCAGGAACUUUGUCACCAUGUUUGUGGUUUUCAUACUUUUUGCUGUUUGCUGGGCUCCUCUAAACUUCAUUGGUCUCGCUGUAGCCUCAGAUCCUGCCAGCAUGGUACCCAGGAUCCCAGAGUGGCUGUUUGUGGCCAGUUACUAUAUGGCUUAUUUCAACAGCUGCCUUAAUGCAAUUAUAUAUGGAGUGCUUAACCAAAAUUUCAGGAAGGAAUACAGGAGAAUUAUAGUCUCACUGUGUACAGCCAAGAUGUUCUUUGUGGAUAGCUCUAAUGACAUAGCAGAUAGGGUUCAAUGUAAACCCUCUCCAUUAAUGGCCAACAAUAACCUAAUAAGGGUGGACUCUGUUUAAAAAGCAGUGCAUUAUUGGCAUGAUAUGCACACUGCUCAAAGUCUUACUGAUUUUCAUGUUUGCUUCCCUCUUGACAGAUUUCUAGAAAACCAGCGUGGUUGAAAAAACGUGUGUUCUUAAGAGGUUCCCUCUAUACUUUCUGAGCAAAUGUACUAUCAGCCUUUUGAACAGGUCUCUAAUUCUCCUUAUCAAGA